AUGUUGUCUGUAGCGAACCUGCUUCUUGCUUGUGCUCCUCUGGCUGCGGCCGGAGUAGUCGACAUCAGGCAGGCGCCAGCUGCAACGGUGCUGGACUACUUCCAAACCAGUCCGCAGAUAUUUGCGGGCCCGACAGCAACAGGUUUGAUCGCGCCUUUUCUUGCGCAGACCAAUCCCGCACCGUUUGGCCAGGAAGCAUCGUUCGUUGCGAAUGCACCGCUGGAGACGAACGUUCCCAUUACCGGAAACACGAACAGAUCCAGUAUAUUUCAAUUGCACGGCCAGUUGAGCUCAUACUUCCCCAACCCUGUUGGAUUCGGAGCGAACGAAUACCCACUGCCUCCAGGCUCGAAUUUGAGCCAGGUUCAUCUGGUCCAUCGCCACGGCUCUCGCUAUCCGACUGGAGAUUCAUCGGUCGCCAACUUCGGACGCAAGCUUGACAACCUGACAGCCAAUGGAACAGCCAAGUGGACGGGUGAACUGAGUUUCCUGAAUACAUGGAAGUACCAGCUUGGAGCGGAGAUCCUGGUGGCUAGAGGUCGGCAAGAGUUGUUCGAUAGCGGAGUCCUCUUCUACUACAAUUAUGGCGCCCUCUACAAUACCUCGACCAAGAUCACUGCUCGGACUACCUCGCAAGAUCGGAUGCUAAAGUCCGCCGAAAACUUCAUGGCAGGUUUUUUUGGCCUUGAGUGGACGCACAAUGCAACCCUAGCCGUGAUCCUUGAACAGAAUGGGUUCAACAAUUCUCUCGCUGGAUACUUCCAGUGCAACAACAGCAAUAGUUACCAAGCAACAGGAGGUAGCAAUGCGUCUCUGAUAUGGGAGAAGACUUACCUUGCCGACGCCGCGAAGAGACUGACUGCGGCUUCUGGGGGUUACAACUGGACAAUUGCAGAUACAUACAAUGCCCAAACAUUAUGUCCCUAUGAAGAAGUGGCAUAUGGCUACUCUCAGUGGUGUGAGCUUUUUACUUACGAGGAGUGGCAAGGAUUUGAAUAUAGUAUUGACCUCCAGUUCAAUGGCAAUAAUGGAUUUGGUAGCCCAACCGGUCGCGCUGUUGGUAUCGGCUACGUCGAAGAAAUCUAUGCUCGUCUCCAGGGCCAUUUAUACAACCUCGCCCCGGGUGCAACAAACGCAAAUGCGACCCUGGAUGAUAUGCCAUCGACCUUCCCACUGAACCAGUCGCUUUAUUUUGACUUCUCACACGACACCAAUAUUAUGGCUAUCAUCACCGCAUUCGGGCUGAAGCAGUUUGCACAACCAUUGCCAUCCACUGGCCCGCCAGAAAACCAGCAGUUAAUAGUGUCGCACGUGACACCCUUUGGUGCACGAAUGGUUUGGGAGGUCAUCGAUGCACCAAGUCCACUGCAAGCCUUGCGACCAAGCAAUGCCAAUGCAACAUCAUCCGACUAUUACGAACAAGGCAAUCCGACGACCUACAUCCACUUGGUUAUCAACCAGCGGACAGUUCCUCUACACAAGAGUUACCCGGAGUGUGAACAAAGAGAUGAUGGCUGGUGUGAAUUGUCGACGGUUCUCAAGGUCUUCGGUGGUCUGCUCGACACAGCGCGAUACGAGUAUAGCUGUUUUGGCAAGUACGCUCCCGUUCCAUAUGGAAAUGUGACGGAUGGAGUGCCUACCGUGCGACGUCGAACCCUGGACGGCGCUUUCGGCACUGGGCUGGAGAUUCACGAGAGCAGUGAUAGAUGGUUGGAGUAG